CUCUGGGCCGAGAGCGGUCUUCGUUGUUUAUCUUCUUAAACGUCUGAUCCUGUCCUAUGCAAACACAGUACAAUGUGUAAACAUGUCAAACUCAAAAUCGAGCGUUCUGUUCUCUUCAAGUGGAUUGGAAGAUGUCUUUUCGUCUCCAUCUUACUCGCUCAGGUUUUGGUGCUAAAUCAGUAUCUGGUGUCGUAUGAGAAGGAGUCUUCAUUCCAAGCUUUCACCCUCGCUUAUGUCCCUACUUUGCUUCUAUGGGCGAAGGGACAAAUGAACAAUCGGCAGCGAGAAGUGGCAGCUGGAGUGUGGUUCCUGUACAUCCUGCCUCUCUGCAUUCAUGGUGGAUGGAUUCUUGGCACGUUGAUGUCCAAAAUAGACGCGGAUUCCUCUGGACUCGAUCAUGGCUUUGUGAAAUAUCCCUUAUGCGCUACCGUGUUGGUGUAUAUGCUGUUAGAUGCUGACGGAUUUGAACCCAGCUUUCAAAUGAACAUAAACUGGCCCGUAAUCAUCGACAUAUUUGACAUUGUAAAUCUUCUGGAUGCCAUCAUCGAUCCAAGAAAAAACAAAGAUUUACCGAAUGAUAUUGACUAUUGCAUAUUUGCGUUUGCCGUUUUAAGUGUGGUGAUUCUUACUUUCAGUUUUUCCGUACCAGUUAGAGAGGCACUUCGGAACACAGAUGAGACUAAUAAAUCACUCGUGAGAAUUUUCACCACAUACACGCUGAUACAAUCGAUUGUUGUGAAUCUUCCAUUUCUUGUGAUACGCCUGGUACUUCACUAUACAUACAAAACUGGAGGUUCGGUUUUUGCGUUUAAAAAUUUAUUAGUGAUAAUCUUAAAUUUCAUCAGAGUAAACUUCGAUUGCUGUGUCAAAGAGAGUGAAGAAGAACCUCAGCCGGCAUUAACUUCGAAUGGUCACACUCCAUCGAACACGGAGGAGUCUGGAAGUGUGAUCCAGUCAACGCAAUCAAGCCGUUUGGACGAUGUCUCUAGCAUUUCGUCGUCUGUUAAAAGAACACAUAGAGACGAAAGAGUUCGCUCAAGACUUGUGCAAGACAGAGAAGACCCUGAGGAAAUAAUCGUGUUGAGUUAAAUGAGAAAACGAAUGUUUAGUCCUGGAAGUGCUGCUUAAUUUUAUUUUGCUAAUUAUGCUUUUAAAAGGUCACAAAUACUUAAUUAACAUGAUCGUGAAAAUAAAACCAAUUUAUGCCGAGAUAUUUGGUUUUUAAGAAAGGAGAACUUGAGAACGUUCAAAAUUCAGUCACUAGAAAGAAUCAUGGAAGGACUAGUUAAAAUAAAGAUGUCUUUAACCGGAA